AUGCAAUCAGAGAUUACCAAUCGGCCUCCGAUUUGGGAUUGUGGAAGCUCACUGUAUGAUUCCUUUGACAAGAAAGCAUUUGAAAAACUACCCGAUUCUGCCAUAAAUUCGAGAACACUCUCGAUGCCGUAUUUAUCCGAUCGCCACCUUCGACUGUCGCCACAAAUUCUGUACAAAAAAACUUCGAAAUUAUCGUGGUCUUUCAUAAGCUACUCCAAUCUGUUUUCAGGCCAAAGCAGAAUAAAUCAGGCACGGGAUUUUAAGUUGCUUAUGAUACAUCCAGUACAGAAUAAAUCGGCCAAGCCCUCACUGCCACUACAGACUAAGCCCGAUGCCUGUCACCGCCGCAGAAGCCUUCGUACAUCCCUACGGCAACCAAGUUCCAAAAGUGUCACUUACCGCGACCAUCGGGACUUGUGA